AAGAAAAAAGAAAGAAAACUAUUCUGCUUCUUAAAAGACUGUUUUGCGUAAGUGAAGAGAAACUGCUUUGUCAGAGGGGUCAUGGUGGUCCUAGCUCAGACAGGAGGUGUACUUCAAGAAUCUUUCAAAACAGAAGCAGAAGGAAGUAAUGGAGAAGAAUGGAAACAACCACAAACUUCGUGUUUGUGUUGCUACUUGCAACCGUGCUGAUUAUUCAAAAUUAGCUCCCAUUAUGUUUGGUAUUAAGGCAGAACCACAGUUUUUUGAGCUUGAUGUCGUGGUGCUUGGUUCCCACCUGAUUGAUGAUUAUGGUAACACCUAUCGUAUGAUUGAACAAGAUGACUUUGACAUUCAUACGAGACUGCACACCAUCGUGAGAGGGGAGGAUGAGGCAGCUAUGGUGGAGUCGGUGGGCCUUGCAUUAGUCAAGUUACCUGACGUCCUCAACCGCCUGAAACCUGACAUAAUGAUAGUUCACGGGGACAGAUUCGAUGCCUUGGCCCUGGCCACGUCCGCAGCCCUGAUGAACAUUCGCAUUCUUCACAUUGAAGGUGGGGAGGUCAGCGGGACCAUCGAUGACUCCAUCAGACAUGCCAUAACCAAGCUGGCCCAUUACCACGUGUGCUGCACGAGGAGUGCAGAGCAGCACCUGAUAGCCAUGUGCGAAGACCACGACCGCAUCCUUUUAGCAGGCUGUCCCUCGUAUGACAAGCUUCUCUCUGCCAAAAACAAAGAUUACAUGAGUAUUAUUAGCAUGUGGCUAGGUGAAGAUGUCAAAACCAGAGAUUAUAUAGUUGCUCUGCAGCAUCCUGUAACCACAGAUAUUAAACAUUCCAUAAAGAUGUUUGAGCUGACACUAGAUGCACUCAUCUCCUUCAACAAGAGAACACUUGUUCUAUUCCCUAAUGUGGAUGCAGGAAGCAAAGAGAUGGUUCGUGUGAUGAGGAAGAAGGGCAUUGAACACCAUCCCAAUUUUCGGGCAGUGAAGCAUGUGCCAUUUGACCAGUUCAUUCAGCUAGUUGCUCACGCUGGUUGUAUGAUUGGUAACAGCAGUUGUGGUGUCAGAGAGGUGGGAGCAUUUGGCACACCUGUCAUCAACCUGGGGACACGGCAGACAGGAAGAGAAACAGGUGAAAAUGUUCUUCAUGUUCGUGAUGCUGAUACACAGGAUAAGAUUCUUCAUGCUCUACAGCUGCAGUUUGGGAAGCAAUAUCCAUGCUCAAAAAUAUAUGGAGAUGGUAAUGCUGUUCCAAGGAUUUUGAAGUUCCUUAAAUCUAUUGACCUCAAAGAACCAUUGCAAAAGAAAUUCUGUUUUCCUCCUGUCAAAGAUAAUAUCUCUCAAGAUAUUGACCAUAUUCUAGAGACACAGAGUGCUCUGGCAGUGGAUCUAGGCGGAACAAAUCUCCGAGUAGCAAUCGUCAGUAUGAAGGGUGAAAUAGUUAAGAAGUAUACCCAGCUCAACCCUAAAACCUAUGAAGACAGACUAGCGUUAAUUCUAAAGAUGUGUGUAGAGGCUGCAUCAGAGGCAGUAAAUGUAAACUGCAGAAUUUUGGGAGUAGGUAUUUCCACCGGUGGACGGGUAAACCCUCGAGAAGGAGUUGUGCUUCACUCUACAAAACUCAUUCAGGAGUGGAGCUCUGUGGAUCUCAGAACUCCUAUAUCUGAUGCUUUGCACCUGCCAGUCUGGGUGGACAAUGAUGGAAACUGUGCUGCUCUAGCAGAGAGGAAAUUUGGUCAUGGAAAAGGAAUAGAAAAUUUUGUAACACUGAUUACUGGUACAGGAAUUGGAGGUGGAAUCGUUCAUCAGCACGAAUUGAUCCAUGGCAGUUCUUUCUGUGCUGCUGAGCUUGGGCACAUUGUGGUAUCCUUAGAUGGACCAGAGUGCCUGUGUGGCAGCCAAGGAUGCAUAGAAGCAUAUGCCUCAGGAAUAGCGUUACAGAGAGAAGCUAAGAAACUGCACGAUGAUGAUCUGCUUUUAGUAGAAGGAAUGUCAAUGAAGGAGGAGGAGAUUGUUAGUGCUGCACACCUUAUUCAAGCAGCUAAACUUGGGAAUACAAAAGCAGAGAGCAUUCUCAGAACAGCUGGGACAGCGCUGGGCCUUGGCGUUGUGAACAUUCUGCACACGGUGAACCCGUCUCUUGUGAUCCUUUCUGGGGUUCUAGCUAACCACUAUGUUAAUGCUGUCAAAGAUGUGAUAAAUCGACAGGCACUGUCCUCUGUUAAAACAGUGGAUGUGGUGGUCUCAAAUCUAGCAGAUCCUGCUCUUCUUGGAGCUGCUAGCCUGGUACUGGAUUAUACCACACGUAGAAUAUACUAAAGAAUUACAGAAGAAUAGAGAAUUGGACUAUUCAAAUUCCUAAUGGGUGGAGGGAAUACUUUGCCCCAAAUUUUUCUUUGAUGAGAGCAGCUAAUGAAUCAAAGUAGUGUUCUGAGUAGUUAGUGACUACUUAAGCAUUUCCUAAUUGAGGUAUUAUCUUUUUAUAUUUUUCCUAGAUUUCAGCUGACUUCAUUGGAAGUAAUGUGCAAUUCUGGUUUUUUAAGCACCUCUGUUGUUAAGCCUAUACAUUACUUUUGAGCGUGGCUGAUUUAUUUAUGAGCAUCUCUUGCUGUAUGGGGAUAAUGUGUAUGGUGUAUAAAAUUAUUAUAACUGUUGGGGAUCCAUAUCUCAUUUCCCACUUAUGUGAAAUGAGACGCUUACCAGCUUUUCAGUU